AUGGCAACUUCGGAUCUCCCUUGCAUUUUGCAAUUGCUCGAAUACCUCAGCAAGCAGGAUGUUCCGACUGUGGUUGGGAACGACUGUCGUGGGAAGUUCUGCGGCGUGGGGUCCGAGGGGGUGCUGAGUCGAGGCUCACCGGUGAUCAAGGAGCACCCAAGCAACGUGGUGGCGCGGCGCAACGACCCCGCCACCCUCAACUGCGCCGCCUCCGGAGCCAGCCGCAUCCGCUGGUACCGCGACGGCGAGGAGGUGACGACGGCGGCGGAGGACCCGCGCUCCCACCGCGUCCUCCUGCCCUCGGGCUCGCUGUUCUUCCUGCGCGUGGCCACCUCCAAGAGGGACAGCGACGCCGGAACCUACUGGUGCGUGGCCUCCAACAGCCACGGCGCCACGCGCUCCCACAACGCCACCCUCACCGUGGCCACGCUCGCCUACGACUUCCAGAGCCAGGCCGACCCCGUGGUGAGGGCGCGCGUCGGGGACUCUCUGGCCCUGCCGUGCCGCCCGCCCAAGGGCUCUCCGCCCCCCGAAGUCACCUGGCUCAGGGACUCCCACGAGGUCACCAACUCCAGCCGGAUCUUCGUGACACAAGCGGGCGAUCUUGUCAUCAGUCAGGCCGUCGAGGAGGACUCGGCCUCCUACGUGUGUCGCGCCCGCAACGCCGCGGGCGCCCGGGAGUCCACGCCCACCAAGCUCACCAUCAUGACGCCGCCCUGGUUCGAGGAGCGUCCGGCGAACGUGACCGUCGCGUCGGGCGUGGUGGUGGAGCUGGCGUGCCGCGCCCGAGGCUCGCCCACGCCCACGGUCACCUGGCGGCGUCUCGACGGCAAGAUGCCGCUCGGCCGCGCUAUGAUCGAGGACCAGAGGCUGGUGCUGGACCACGUGGCGGCUGCCGACUCCGGCGUGUACGUGUGCGAGGUGGAGAGCGAGGCAGGGAUCGCCGCGGCCAGGGCCACUCUCACCGUGAUCGACGCCCCCGAGUUCGCUCAGCGGCCUCAGGAUAUUCAGGUGGUGGCUGGCCAGAGCGCCAGGCUCUCGUGCAAGGUCGAGGGCGAUCCCAAGCCUCUCCUGCUGUGGCGGCUUCCCACCCAGGACAGGACUGCCCUGCUCGCCGCGGGACAGAGCAGCGGCCACGCCUCCGUCGCCGACGAAGGCCAGACUCUCCUGCUCGGUGACGUCAGCACGCACGACAGCGGGGCCUACUACUGUUGGGGCGUCAGCAGCGGCGGUGGCGUCAGCGCUCGCUCAGAGGUGGUGGUCGUGGCGGCGUAUCCCCCUCCUGUGAUCGGCGUAGGACCCCAGGACCUCACGGUGUCCCCUGGGGGCGCCGCCACCUUCCCCUGCGAGGCCGUGAGUGAGGCCGCCUCGCCCUCCAUCUCCUGGAAGUACCGCCCGGCCGCCCAUCUCCCCGCCCGGGAGCUCAGCGAGGGUGUCAACGGCGGCCGAGUGUCCUUCCCGGCCAACGGCGCCCUCAUCCUGAAGGACGUCCGGGCCGAUGACGCCGGCAUCUACAGCUGCCACAUCAGCGCUGACACCGGCAGCGUGGAGCAAGCGGCGGUCCUGCGGGUGGAGGACGGCGCCCAAGACGCGGCGCCGUUCCUGCUGCCGGCGCCGCCGUCCAAGCCGCGCCUCAUGGCCGUCAACCAGACCGCUGUGCACCUGAGCUGGCUGCCCAACUCCCAGAUGGGCGGAGGUUCCGACCAGACGUACACGGUGGAGUUCUGGCGCCAGGGCUGGGAGGAGUGGCGGGUGGCGGACGCCCUCAUCUCGCAGGAGUCGUGUGUGGUGGGCGGGCUGACGCCUGGCCACACCUACACCUUCCUGGUCCGUGCCGUCGACUCGCGAGGGGCGUCGUUCCCGAGUCCCUGGUCCGACCCGGUCACGACCCGCUCUCCCCGCGACCCGAGUCUCACGGAGGACGAAGUCCGUCACGUCCGCCGCCGCCUCUCGCGCCCCGCCGUCACGCUCACCGACGCCACAGUCACCGCCCCCGACAGCGUCCUUCUCAGCUGGGAGUUCCUCGCGCUGGCGAACGAGGCCGUCGAGGGCGUGCUCGUGUACGCUGUCAGCGAUUCGGGCGCCGUGCAGGUGGCCACCGUGCUUGGCACAUCGUCGUCCUCACACCUCAUGCACGAACUUCAUCCCAACUCCCAGUACACCUUCUUCCUCGUCCCCUUCUGGCACAGCGUCGAGGGCACGCCAUCGAACUCCAUGUCGCUGCGGACUCCACAAGAUGUUCCACUGGUGGCUCCUAAGGACGUGCGCGUGAAGACCCGCGAGGAAGGAACUGUACUCAUCACUUGGUCGACUCUGACGCCCGAGGAAGCUCGAGGCGAAGUCGUUGGUUACCAGGUCUCCUUCAACUUCAACGGCAGCCGCACCAUCGAGACGGUGCCCAACCCCUGGCUCGAAGCCGAUGGCUUGAUGGCUGGUCGUCUCUACGCCGUCCGGGUCGCCGCUCUUACCGAGGUCGGACCUGGCCCCUUCACCUCCCCGGUACUGAUGGACACUGGGCUCUCGCACAAUCACCCUCGUCGCCAAAACAAUGAUAGCAACUCGCCCUCUGUAUUAUACUCACCACCACAGCCUGCCUGGCUAAUUUACUUGUUAAUACCUGCGGUGUUGCUGAUGUCAGUUGCCACUUUGUUCUAUGUACGUCACCUGCGAGGAAAGUCAGCAACCUCUAACCCAUCCCACACUCCGUCUAUAUACCAGGAUGCGUCCCUGUACUCUGCCCAUCACUCCAUCAACAUGUACAGCGAACAGAAGCUGUGGCGACCUUCCGACUACGACAAAGACAUCAACGCCUCCUCCAAGAAACUCCUCCAUCCGGAAUAUGAAUACGCGGAGCCCAGGAUUCAGAAAAUCCACGAGACGACAGAGCCCUACGCCACUACAGCUCUGUUGGCCUCCUCUCCGCAAGGCUCGGGAUACCGGAGUCCUUGGAUCCACCAGAGUGACGAUUCCGGAGUGCAGGUGAACUGGACAGAAUUCCUGCCUCCCCCUCCAGCUUGUCCUCCGCCGCGGGAUUUUGACCUGGGUGACUUGCCAAGGGGAAGAAGAAGUUACCUAGAGAAGGGGUCUCCGCUAUCAACGUCAAAAUACGAUAACAUGGACGAAUCGGAGCAGUAUGAGCGACCGUGUGACGUAGCGCCCACCCACUGUUACGCGGCUUACGGCCCGGUGUCGCCUACUGGCAAUUGUGGCAAAUUCCCAACGUUCAACACACUCCAGGCGUUAGAAUACCGGAGAGUUCGCACAGAAUUCAGACCGCUGUAUCAGGCAGACCCUCCUAGAAAAUUCGGUAUAGUUCGUGGUCUUGACACAAGCCACGUGUCAGACGCACUCUCAGGCCCCCUAUUAAAGGUGGAAGUCCGCCCACCUCCUCACCAACCCCUAAAUUCCCACCUUUUUCCAUUCCACACCACAGAGGUGACGACAGAACCACCGCUGGACUUGAAAUCAGGAAGUGUAUACCCAGCCAAUACGACGAAACUAGCUCAAGGUUGA